CUUCUCUCUCUCUCUCUCUCUCUUCCAUCGUCUUCUUUUCAUCGCUGUUAGGGUUUCCGGUGUCCAUGCAUACUGUCUCUCAUUGAUGCAUUCUUAAUUUUCUCAACUCCACUCCACUGCACCCUAAUUCACUCAACACUAGAUCCCAAUUCCUGCUUACUUACCUCCCCAAUUACAAACAUCUUCGCUACGGGGUUUUUGGAAUAAAAGGAAAUUUCCAUGGCUGAUGAACCGUUAUAUCCGAUAGCGGUGCUUAUAGAUGAGCUGAAGAAUGAUGACAUCCAGCUACGGUUGAACUCUAUUCGCAGGCUUUCCACGAUUGCACGUGCACUUGGCGAGGAGCGAACGCGAAGGGAGUUAAUUCCGUUCUUGAGUGAAAAUAAUGAUGAUGAUGAUGAGGUGCUUCUUGCUAUGGCAGAAGAGUUGGGAGUGUUCAUUCCUUAUGUUGGUGGAGUGGAGCAUGCUAGUGUGUUGCUCCCACCUCUUGAGACACUUUGCACUGUUGAGGAAACUUGUGUCAGGGAUAAAGCAGUGGAGUCACUUUGUAGAAUUGGAUCUCAAAUGAGAGAAAAUGAUUUGGUUGAACAUUUCAUCCCAUUGGUGAAGAGGUUGGCAGCAGGUGAAUGGUUUACUGCCCGAGUAUCUGCAUGUGGAUUAUUUCAUAUUGCAUAUCCAAGUGCACCAGAACCGUCAAAGGCAGAGCUAAGGUCGACAUACAGUCAGUUAUGUCAAGAUGACAUGCCAAUGGUUAGGAGGUCUGCUGCAUCAAAUCUUGGAAAAUUUGCUGCAACAGUUGAAUAUGCUCAUUUGAAGGCAGACAUCAUGUCAAUUUUUGAUGAUCUUACUCAAGAUGAUCAAGAUUCUGUUAGAUUGUUAGCUGUGGAGGGUUGUGCAGCUCUUGGCAAGCUGUUGGAGCCUCAAGAUUGUGUUGCGCAUAUACUCCCGGUUAUUGUUAACUUCUCCCAGGUACGUUACAUGGUUGCAAAUCAAUUAUAUGAGCUCUGUGAAGCUGUAGGCCCCGAACCUACAAGGACGGAACUGGUGCCUGCCUAUGUGCGGUUGCUUCGAGAUAAUGAAGCUGAAGUACGCAUAGCAGCUGCUGGAAAAGUGACCAAAUUUUGCAGGAUUUUAAGUCCAGAUCUUGCGAUUCAGCACAUUCUUCCUUGUGUGAAGGAACUGUCAUCAGAUUCUUCACAGCAUGUACGUUCUGCUUUGGCUUCAGUAAUAAUGGGAAUGGCUCCUGUAUUAGGAAAGGAGGCAACAAUCGAGCAGCUUCUUCCUAUUUUCCUUUCCCUUUUGAAGGAUGAAUUUCCUGAUGUGCGCCUAAACAUCAUCAGCAAGCUUGAUCAAGUAAAUCAGGUUAUUGGAAUUGAUCUGUUAUCUCAAUCUUUAUUACCUGCCAUUGUUGAACUCGCUGAGGAUAGGCAUUGGAGGGUCCGGCUUGCAAUAAUUGAAUAUAUACCCUUAUUGGCAAGUCAAUUGGGGGUUGGGUUCUUUGAUGACAAGCUUGGUGCUCUUUGCAUGCAAUGGUUACAAGACAAGGUUCAUUCAAUUCGUGAAGCUGCUGCUAACAACUUGAAACGCCUUGCUGAAGAAUUUGGUCCUGAAUGGGCUAUGCAGCACAUAGUUCCACAGGUUUUGGAUAUGAUUAGCAAUCCACACUACUUGUAUCGAAUGACCGUUCUUAGAGCAAUCUCUCUGCUUGCUCCUGUCAUGGGUGCUGAAAUCACUUGUUCAAGGUUGUUGCCUGUUGUUAUUGCUGCAUCAAAAGAUAGAGUGCCCAACAUCAAGUUCAAUGUGGCAAAGGUAUUAGAGUCCAUCUUCCCCAUCGUUGAUCAGUCUGUGGUGGAGAAGACAAUCCGUCCAUGUUUGGUUGAGCUCAGCGAGGAUCCCGAUGUUGAUGUGCGAUUUUUUUCCAACCAAGCUCUUCAGGCAAUCGAUCAUGUCAUGAUGUCUAGCUAGACAGAAAUGUUUCGGCCGGUGUUGAAGACGAGGACACCAUUAGAUGGGUAGAGGGUGCUAAUAUUUCCCAUCACCAUGAUAAUACUCACGUAACUGUAUUAAUAGCUAUAUCGUUUAUUGUGACACGAUACUCCUUAAGAAUUGAUGUGAUUUAGUUCCCAUAAUACGUUAAUUUUCAGAUAUCUGUAUGUUUUUACUUUUUUUUUUUACAUUUGGCAUAGGUUCCUUAGUCUUGCGCCUUGUACAAUCAUGUUACUGCUCGCAUGUAAGAUUUUUCUUUAUUUCAUUUUGCAUAGGUUCCUUAA